GAAGUGCAAUCGCUUUCUCGAACUGUGAACACUCGCAGUAAACUGACCCCUCUAGCCACCUCAUCUGACAGAACGGCCUCUUUACAAAAUCAUCAUGCCGUUCAUUGAUUUGGAAAGUAACUUACCUGCUAGUAAGUUUUCUGAGGAUUUCUUGAAAAAGCUAGGGUCCAAAACAGCGGCUGUUCUAGGCAAACCCGAAGAGAGAAUGAUGUUGGUGGUGAAACCUGGACUGCCAAUGCUCAUGGGUGGAACUUGCGCUCCGUGCGUCAUACUGUCCGUGUCCGCCAUCGGUGUCACUGACACUGCGGAGAAGAACAAGGAACACAGUGCCAAUAUCUUCCCUUUUCUUAUUGGAGAACUUGGUCUUACUGAAGACAGGAUCGUGAUCAGGUUCUAUGCACUGGAGCCCCAUCAGGUUGGAAAGAAAGGUACUGUUAUGAGUUACCUGUAGCAGGCACUGUGGACGACAGAGUGACUUCAAGCAUCCAUUCCACACCAGUUGCCAUUGGAGAGGACAAACCCUGUCAGUGGAUUUCCACCACUCAAUUGGACAUGAGUGCCACAUGUCGUCAAUAAGACUUGCAUUGCAUUUUAGGAUUAUGGAAUUUGUCCCUAUGAAACUAUGUCCUGGAACCAGGACUCAUUAAUUUAUAUUACUGUACAUGUCUGCCAUAGUAAACAAAACCACACAUUUGACAAGCUAGAUGAUAAAAUACCCUGAUUAGAGGAAAUGUAAGUCAAUUGACCUGUAUUCAAUGUUAUUACUAUGUCAUUUCAACUAUUCAGUUCAUAUCACAAGAACAUUGGAUAAUGUGGUUAUAGAUUUUUUUUCUGCUGUUUUGGUAGUAAGAAUAAUAAUGACUAACAUACACUACCGUCACUUAGAAAUGUCCUUGUUUUUGAAAGAUAAGCAUGUUUUCUUUGUCCAUUAAAAUAACAUGAAAUU